AUGGAGGAUCCAAAGAAGGUGGCCGCCGAGACCGAGUCUUAUCGCAAGAUUGCCUUUGCAGGUAUCGCAAUCUCGACUGUAGCCACUUUGACAGUCAUCUUGGCCGUCCCAAUGUUGUACAACUACAUGCAACACGUUCAAUCAUCCCUUCAAACUGAGGUUGACUUCUGCCAACAUAGAACUGAUGGUCUUUGGGAUGAGUAUAAGAAUUUCCAAACUCUCCAAGGAGUCAACGGACGUAUCCGUCGUGCCGCACGGCGCCAUACCGGAGAGGUGACUCGCUCGAAAAAGAUCCGUCGUCAGAAUGAAGACGAGGAAGUUGAGAUUAUCUAUGUGGAUGAGGAAGGAAAUGAGGUAGAGGAUCAGACACCAACUGCUGCUCCAACCGCUGCUCCAGCUCCAAUUGCCCAAGCUCAAGUACCUGCAUCGUCUUUCGCUGCUGCUCCACCUGCUCACAGAUCACCAGCUUCAUUCGCUUCAUCCCCAGCUUCUUCAUCAUCUGGAUCUUGCUGCUCAUGCGGAGUUGGACCAGCUGGACCACCAGGACAGCCAGGACAAGACGGAGCACCAGGAAACGAUGGAAACCCAGGAGCUCCAGGACAUCCCGGACAAGACGCUGCUGAGGACUCUCAUGCUUCUGCCGACUCUUUCUGCUUCGAUUGCCCAGCUGGACCACCAGGACCAUCCGGUGCACCAGGACAAAAGGGACCAUCAGGAGCACCAGGAGCUCCAGGACAAUCCGGAGGAGCUGCUCGUCCAGGACCACCAGGACCAGCUGGACCACCAGGACCAUCAGGAAAUCCAGGAUCCAACGGAAACCCAGGAGCACCAGGAGCUCCAGGACAACUCGUCGAUGUUCCAGGAACUCCAGGACCAGCUGGACCACCAGGACCACCAGGACCAGCGGGUGCACCAGGACAACCAGGACAAUCAGGAGGAGCCUCUCAACCAGGACAACCAGGACCACAAGGAGAUGCAGGAGCACCGGGACAACCAGGAGCUCCAGGACAACCAGGUCAACCAGGUCAAGAUGGAGACAGUGGAUCUGAGGGAGCUUGUGAUCAUUGUCCACCACCAAGAACUGCUCCAGGAUACUAA